AUGGGGAAAAAGAGAAUUGUAGAAGAAAAUUAAAAUGAAGAGCCAGAGGAACUCUAAGAAGUGAAAGCAAAAGCAGACAAUAAAAAAUAAAAGAAAAUUGCUAAAAAUUAGAAUAAAAUCAGCAAAGAUGUUGAUUUCAUUUCAUUCUUAAAAGAGGAUAUUCGAUUUUUAAUUUAGCACAGAAAUCAAGAGAAUGAACAAAAGCAAUAAAAAGCUGAAGAAGUCUUUACUAAAAUUGAAGGCAUAUUGUACUAAAUUGCUUAAACCAAAAUCGGAGGCAGAACAAUCUAAUUAGUAAUUAAAUGCGCAGAUCAAAACGUAAGAUAAUAGAUGUUUUCAAAAUUAUUGAAUGACAAACAAUUCGGAGAAUUAUUAUAAUCUAAAUAUGGUCACUACAUUGGAAUUACGAUGGUUAGAAAUAUGGUUCCUGAAUUCAGAAAUUAAUUUUUUGAGAUUUUAUUCAAAAAUGCAAAUCACUAUGUAGCCCAAGGGGAUGCAAGCAUAGUUUUAGAUAGAUUCCUAACAAGAGAAGCAACUACCUAAUAAGUCAACAAGGUUAAAGCUCUUUUUUAGAAUCACAGUGAAAAAAUUGAUAAUUUAGCAAUGAAAAUCAUAGAAAAAGGAAUUCAUAAUCAUUUGUUGAGUUUAUAAAUAUUAAAAGUGGCAUUACCAAAUUUAGUUCCAGAGGAGAGAUAGAAAGUUAUUGAAUACUUUUAAUAAUUAGAAAAUCUAGAUUAUCUUAGGCAUAAAGAUGGCGUUUCAGUAUUUUUUUACAACUAUAUUAGAUUUUCUGUGCAAUAUUGAAUGUCACUGAUAAAAAGGAAAGGAAGAACUUUUUAAAGAACAUAUAAACUUACAUGUAAUAAUCAUAGGAACACUUACACAGAAACUCAUAAUUUUAUCUAGCAUUGUAGAAGGUGAUAUUUACAUACGAUGACACUAAAUAAGUGAAUAAGUCAAUUUUGCAGGACAUCCUACCUGAAUGGUUAAAUUCUAUUCAUGUUUUUAAAAUAAUCCAAUCUAUUUAUUAACCUAAACUGAGAGAUGACAUAAAAUUUGAUACAAUCGGUUUAUAAAACACAGUUAGUUUGAAAGAUGAUGAAAUUAGAAUUAAAGAACUAUAAGAUUACUGUUUUGAAUCGAUUUUGAAUUCUUUGUAAUCAAGUGAAACCAGCAUCUUAUUAGAAAGCAAUAUAAAUUAAUUCAUUUGCUACUUUAUUUCAUAUAUCAUAAAGUACACUUAAGUUUAAGCAGUGGAUUUCAUCAAAGCAUAAAUUAAAUAAUUGCUUUAUUUCAAAGUGGACACUAUAUUCAGCAGAGAUGUUGAAUAAAAUGGAAACUAUUGGAUAUUGACAUAGCCAGAAGCAUAGAGAAUUGCUAAAUGUCUUAUACAACAAUAAUUAAUUGCUGUAAUUAUAUAUGCUAAUAAUUUAGUAAGGUGAAUUCAGCGACAUCAUUAAUAAUUACUGUUUAAAAAUACAGAGUAUUUUGAUUUCAAAUUUGAAGGUAACUCUUAUCAGCAAGGCAAUAUACUUGUUAUUGGCACUGAUAGAGAAUACUAAUUUGAAAGAUUAAGUUCUCGUGGAGAUCAAGAAAAAUAAAAAAUGGAUAGAUAAGUUGGAGAAAACAUAAUCUCUCCAAAUAUUGUAUAAAUAUAUAUGA